UAGUUCCACCAGCGAAGGUGUAAAAAAUUUAGUCCACGAACAAAGUAAAUGAAAUCCGCUUCUGAGCCAGUCCAGGGAAUACCUUUCUAAUUCAGUGACGAAAAGCGCGAAGGAAAAAAAAAGAAGAUAGAAGACCCCGAGCCUUAAAUCCGCAACUUGUGAUACACAGUCAAGACACACCAUGAAGUACUGGAUUUAUUUAUGUGCUGUUCUUCUAUUAACGCUUGCGUCUAGAGGUUUUGCCAGGAAACAUUCAAAAAAGGAACAUGUAACACACAAAGAAAGCAAAAAACAGGGAGGGCACCACCGCCAUGGAAAUAUCAUACGAGUUCCAGGACUGAUGGAUGCUGGAGGAAGCUUGGGAGGAGGAAUGAACGGUAUGGGAGGCGGCAUGGGUGGAACAGGUGACCUCAGCAUGGGCUUUGGCGCAGGAGCCACCUCGAUUGGUGAGGGUGGUGGAGCCACCAUGGAAGGUAUGCCAUCACUAAUGGGUGGGCCCAUGCAAAUGCCAGGUGGAGGUAUGGCUGGACCAGCGGCUUCAAUGCAAGGCAUGGAGGGAGGACCAAUGCCGAUGCCCAUGGGAGGAGCUGGAGGCCCAUCGGAAGGUGGACUGAUGUCUAAGCAGUUUAUCGAAGGAGGAGAAGGAGGCAUGGGAGGUGGCAUGCACGCAAUGCCAAGCAUGGCCGGAAUGGGCGGUAUGGGAGGAAUGGGUGGCAUGGGAGGCAUGACCUCGAUGGGAGGAAUGGGUGGCAUGGGCGGAAUGGGAGGCCUUGGAGGCAUGGGCGGUGGAAUCGCUGGAAUGAACAUGGAAGGAGGUAAGACCAUAAACACGUGUCUUGACAUAGAGGUAGACUUACUCCGUUGCGAGAUGGUUGAGAAGGGACCAGCCUUUUAA